GAAGCCAUACAGCAGAUCACAGCCACCAAACUGCUCCCUAGUCCUAGCGUCGAGAAAAUACUCUAAAUAUAUAUUAGUAUAUUAUACUGUCAGAGAGAACAGUGUGGGGAUACAGAGACCACAGCAGGUCACCUCUCUGUCAGAUCUCAUGGCUCCAUUUCUGCUCCUGUUGAUCCUUCUGACUGAAGCAGCUUCUGACCUACCUGUGGUAACAGCGCACCCUGGAGAUGAUGUCACUCUGUCAUGUCAGGCUGAUGGUUCCUCCAUCAGCUUUGCAGAGUGGACCAGACCUGACCUGAAGCCAGAGUACAUCCUCGUAUACAGAUCUGGAAGCUUGGAUCCAGACAACCAGCAUCCAUCCUUUAAGGACAGGGUGAAGCUGGUGGACAGAGAUCUGAAGGACGGAGACGUGUCUUUAACUCUGAAGAAUGUGAGCAGCAUCGACAACGGGACAUACGAGUGUCGAGUUAAAACCAAUGACACUGACCAAAUCAGAUUCAUCGGAAUCAUCCGUCUGCAGGUUCCAGAUCCAGCAGACCUGAUUGUGGUAACAGUUCACCCUGGAGAUGAUGUCACUCUACCAUGUCAGGCUGCUGAUUCCUCCAUCAGAGCUGCAGAAUGGAGCAGAGCUGACCUGGAGCCAGAUACUGUCCUCUAUUACAGUGAUGGACACCUGCACCAGCAUCCAUCCUUUAAGGACAGGGUGGAGCUGGUGGACAGAGAUCUGAAGGACGGAGACGUGUCUUUAAUUCUGAAGAAUGUGAGCAGCAUCGACAACGGGACAUACGAGUGUCGAGUUGCAUCAGGUGGUUCAAGACGUAAAAAAAGAGCCUACAUCGACUCUGAGCCAAUCAGAAUCAUCCAUCUGCAGGUUACAGAUCCAGCAGGUUCUGAGGAUAGAAACUCCUCUCCUGGAGGCCGAUACCUUGGACUGGCAGCAGGUGUUCUGGUUGUUGUAGCUGCUGCAGUGGUUGGUGUCCUGAUGUAUAAAAGACGUAAGAACAAGAGAUCAGGACAACCUGCUGAUGAUGAAGAAUCAGCUGAUAAGUUCAUCAACAAAUCCCAGAGCUCUUAA